GUUAAAAGCUAGCCUCGAGGCUGCUGCUUCCUUUUAUUCCCCGUAAAGUGUAAACCAAAUCUACAUAAAUAGGUGCCUCAUUCUCGUUCAAGACCAAAUUUCCAACACCACAUUUGUCAAUCUCAAUAUCUCCCUGUCAUAUAAGUUCUAAAGUGAGAUCUAAGAUUUCCUCAAAAAAGUACCUUUCCAAAUCCCGCUAUUGGACUCCCAUUAAUAUUAAGGACGGGGCAGAAUUUCAUCGUCAAAGCGAAGGGAAAAUCCUUAUUUCUUUUACAGACAUAUGCCUUUGAAUUAGCACAAUUAUUGGUAGCAUUAUAGCGCCAUUCACCAUGUCUUCAUUUGUCCCCGUUCCACGAAACUCCAAUAGAUACUCUGCAUCUUGGUUAUUCUCCGUCAACCCUCACCGCUAGAUCACGUUGUAUCUCUAACCAAAAACACAAUAACGGCUCCGUUAACGACGUCCAAUUCAAAAACAACGAAAUGAAAGACGACAAUAAAAUUUCCGACAUGAAGAAGAGACCAUCCUCAGAUUUGGAUGAUUCAGGGUGGUUGAAUAAUGCAUUUUUCAUGAGAUUGACAGCUAGGGAUGUAUUCAAUGUGGUGAAGUACCAUCCCAUCCCAUGCAUCUUCGCGACCUCGUUGUUCUUCUUCAUGGGGGUGGAAUACACGCUUCGUAUGGUCCCAUCUUCAUCCCCGCCUUUCGAUCUGGGAUUCAUCGCUACACGUCGCAUUCAUCGUUUGCUUGAUUCUAAACCUGCUCUCAAUACUCUUCUUGCUGGCCUUAACACGGUGUUCGUGGGUAUGCAAAUGGUGUAUAUAGUAUGGGCUUUCUUAAUUGAAGGGCGGCCACGAGCGACUAUUGCAACUCUGUUCAUGUUCACAUGCAGAGGCAUUCUUGGAUAUGCUACACAGCUGCCAUUACCAGAGGAUUUCUUGGGGUCAGGCGCUGAUUUUCCAGUAGGAAAUGUGUCGUUUUUCUUGUUCUAUUCGGGGCACGUUGCAGCAUCUGUGAUCGCGUCUCUGGAUAUGAAGCGUAUGCAGAGAUGGAAAUUGUCUUAUUUAUUUGACACCUUGAACGUAUUGCAAACGAUCAGAUUGCUGAGCACCAGAGGUCAUUACACUAUUGAUUUGGCUGUUGGAGUUGGUGCUGGAAUUUUAUUUGAUUCUUUUGCUGGAAAGUAUGAGGAGAAUAGAAAAAAGGAACUGCUUGCAGAUAGUCCUAAUGGCACCACUAAUGGUGCGUUUCAUAACUCAAAACUGCACGAAAAUGGUGAAUACUUAAGUGUUGCUUCAGAUUAAAAACUCUUGAAGCCACUAUGCUCAUUGAUUUCAUUUUUUCAACUGUAAAGAAAACUUUGACACAGUGUGUUAAUAGAUUUCAAUUUCACGAGUUAUCUGCACGUAUUGAUCAAAUGUCCUAGAAAAUAUUCAACUAUGAACACAGUGUGCAUAACAAGGGGCGUUUCAAAAGCAUAGUCAACCAAACAAGUUAUAGCAAAUUGAAAUCUGUAAGUCACAGAUUUUCUGCUAAAACAUUCUACAUCAAAGU